AUGGAGAAGUGGAAAAUGCUGAAAAAGCGUCGCUCCAGUCUUUUUGCGUCCAUAAAACGGGAUGUGAGCUUUUCACAAAGCAAUGAAGAGCAAGAGCUCGAAUUCCCCUUUUCACAGGACAGCUCAGUGAAACCAUGGACAUCUAUGGACAACCUUGACACGCCUGGUGGAAAAGGAAAUGCGACAACAGAUACGAAGAACGAUGCACCAAACCCAUGGCAAUCAAACAUUGUGAACCUGAACGUGGGCGGAAAGGUGUUUCACAUUCCCAAACAUUUGGUCCUCCAAUACCCAAAGACCAGGAUUGGAGUACUUGCUCUCUGUAAUGAUCCAGUUAAGCGUCUGACGCUCUGUGAUGAUUACAAUGUUCAGAACAACGAGUUCUUCUUUGACAGGGACCCUAUGUUUUUUCAUUACAUAUUUCAUUUUUACUGCAGUAAUGUUUUGUGGGUGAUGGAUAGCCUGUGCCCUGUCAACUUUGAGGAAGAAAUGUCAUUCUGGGGGCUCAGACUGAAGGACACUCCAAGGUGCUGCCGCAUUCUGUUUGAGGAGAAACUGGACGACAUCAGAGAACACCUGAAGGUUAACCAGGAGCUGCUUGACGAGAUUAAACCUCACCAUGAUGAUGAGGGCUACCAGACCAUGUUUCUUGGAAACUUUCGUAAAACACUUUGGGACUUAAUGGAGAAUCCUUACUCGUCACUGUCAGCUAAAGCCUUUGCAGUGUUUUCCAGUCUCUUUGUGCUUAUCUCUAUUGUUGCAAUGACUUUGAAUACUGUCCAGGAACUUAGGCAGUACAAAUUAGCAGGCAAAACUUACAUGGAGUGGGUGGAGGUUAGUUCUAUCCUUUUCUUCACUUUGGAGUACUUUUUGCGACUACUCACCACAUCGAACAUUAAACAUUUUGUGAAGAGCACCCUCAACUUUGUUGAUUUGGUAGCUGUUAUGCCCUACUUCCUCCAGAUCAUUUUUGAGACUUUUGUUAUAGAUGCAGAAGACCUCAGUGCACAGGAGGAUUUGAAGGCCAUGUCAAGAGUCAGUAAAGUCAGCAAGGUGCUCAAAGUGGUCAAGCUGAUGCGCAUCUUCCGUAUCUUGAAGCUCGCCCGUCACUCAACGGGCAUGAGGGCCUUUGGUUUCACCAUCCGCCAAUGCUCCGAGCAGGUGUGCUGUCUGUUUCUGUUCAUCGCCAUGGGCAUCUUCACCUUCUCUGCUCUGAUGCACUCUGUGGAGGUGGAUCAACCUGGGACACCAUUCGGCAGCAUACCAGAUGCCUGGUGGUGGGCUGCGGUUAGCAUCUCCACUGUGGGCUAUGGAGAUGUUGUUCCUAUCUCCUAUCUUGGCCGCUGUGUGGCAUUCGGCUGCAUCUCCUUUGGUAUCAUCCUCAAUGGCAUGCCCAUUUCCAUUCUGUUCAACAAGUUCUCCGACUAUUAUGCCAAACUGAAGGAGCAGGAAUACAACUUUUCAAACACAGAGCGCACCUUCCAGCUCAAGAAACGUCUUAGGCGUCAGUUUGACAGCUGCUUAGACCCCCGGCCGGAGGACUCGGAUGAUGAGAUACACUAUCGGCCCAGCGGGAGGCAAAUUACCCAUGAAAUUGAGGAAUAAAAAAGUUGCCUAGUUGUGAGCUCAAUAACCCUAAAUGGCCUUAUCACCCCUGGGUCUAAAAAGCUAAAGACCCCAUCUGCCUCUAAGUCUCAGCCUAUGUGAUUUAAUAAAAACAAUCUGAUGGAGGAAAUGGAAGCAGCAGAAAGCUGAGACAAACAUUAGGCUUCGGCUUUACAGUAGGCACUGUUUGCAACCUAUGAGUGAUGAUUCCUCCAUCAAAUGGACAAGAUGCUCCCACUAGACAACUUGUUAUCUGUUUCCAUGAACAGCAUACAGCUGCAACUAAUUCUCGCUAAACUGAAAUAGAUGCUUGACACAAGGAGGUCAAGUAGGUACAUUAUGAACAGAGCAACACUACUCUUAAAUUGCUUUGAAAAGACCACAACAGUUAUGAAGAUGUGCUUUCAUUGGAAGUGCUAUUAAUGAACAGUUUUGAGCGACUAAAUAGUCUCUUACAUUUUACUUUGAUGCUCUGCACGAAAGGCAUUAUAACUUUAAUUUCUAACUAGUGAAACAUUUGGUUGUUACCAGCAUGUUGCAUAUCAUGCUGGCUUUUAUUCACCAUUUGUUUGACUGAGGGAUUGUAAAUGUGAAAGCAAUAAAAACAUUUUGUUUAUGUGUGCAUCUGAGAAAAACUAUAGCACCAUCGUUGCAAAGCUCUUCCGUGUGCCACGAAUUGUUUCAUCAAAGUGGCAUACUUGUCAAAAGCACUCCUUUUUUUAUGUCCAGUCACUCAGUGUGGUCUUGAAGGCACCUAAGUAGGGUGAGAGAUGCAGCAGCAGGUGUAAGUAUAGCGAUCAGGAGCCACAGUGUAAUUUGGUUGUCAAGGAUUAGCAGGAUUUGUGUCUGUGUUUCCUACCUGGUCAGACAAGGGGAAAAGUCAAUCAAGUGCUCUGCUACUUUGGUGACAGAGGGAAUCUGAUCAGGUGUGCCCAGCCAGGACAUAUAUAAAUACUUACAAAAUACUUUAAUAGACAUACAAUAAAGCCCUCCAGGGUGACAAUUUUUCAUUCUUACUUACACACAGGCAACAAUUCCUAUAUUUGUCAUCCCACAGCUCAGAACUUGGCAUGAUCCCUGGAGGGGAGAGAGAACUGAACUUUCCGUUCUUGACCAGGAGAUGUCAAGAUCAAUCACGGUCCAGCCCUGUUGUCAAACUGCGAUGCUAUGAUUAGAUCAUAAACCCAAGUCUUGCUCUGGGCACCUGAAGACCAGCAUUAUAUAGUAUUAAAGAAAUGUAUAAACCCAUCCCAAACACAUUUAACACAACCUUUUCACAGACAGAGAUUGUCUUGAAAACUGUUUCCUUGGUUGAUCUGCUCAGCACUGUUCUGUUUGCUGUGCUGGUUUUAAAUAACAGGGACAGAUAGAGGGGAUUAGAAAUAAGUUCUUUGGUUAGUCAUGACAGAUGCCAUGGGAGUUAAACUCCAUUUCCAACUGCACUAAUGUUGUGUUGUGCUUCUAUUCAUGAAAGACAUCUUGCACCUCCAUUUUACAGCAGACUGUGACUUCAUCCAUUUGAAUAACAAUUAGAGACAAUGAAUCAUUAAUGGCUGAUGUUUCCUUGUGUUUAAAUUUUAAAUUAACUGGAGAAGGAUAAAAUGUAGUGUCAGAUGUGUCCAAUUUACCCUGUGUUCAUGGGUUAAAGCAGUCUGGAAAGGUACAAAACAAUCCGGAACGGUGGCGUCUUCAGUUAAUGAGUAAUUAAACUUGAUAGGGGGUUUAAUACAAAACACUGUCACACAGUUCAGUUUUCAUGCGCUGCAGUUUGGUGGUCCUCGUAGCUGAUGCUGAUGCCACAGAGACAGGCUG